CAAUAACAAAUGAUUUUAAAAAACGUAUAUUGGCCUAUGAAGAUUUAAAUUCAUUAGCCAACCCAAGGUCACAUAUCAAACAUCUUGAAGGUACUAAUCGCGUGAUAAAGCUCAAAGGACAGCGCAGACGAUUCAGUGUUACACCUUUGAAUAUUGAUGUGGAGGUGCAUAUAACCAAUAUAGUCUACGACACUGUGAACAACAAUUGUUUUUUAACGAAACAAUUGACACCUACUUUAAUUUCUGUAAUUUAAUCUACUUCAUAUCUUGAAAUGACUAUGGGACCCGCUGGUAAGGCUGGGAUGGCUAACAUCCUGCAAGGAUUGUCCUUCGCUGUACAACUUAUAAUCCUCGUAUUGCUUUUAAGGAAACCCACGACGGAAGUAAUCACCUCCAUCGAUUUGUCCGACGACACGUCGGAGGAAACACCACAAAAUAAAGUACAAAUGCAGCAAGCAGCGCAAACAGACCAGAUAUGUAACAGGAAUGGUUGUAUUCGACCGGAGUUCGAGGGCUACCAUGGAGGUCUACUUAAAACCAACAGCAUGUUUCAAGGUGGUGCGUUGCAGUAUCCGGUAGAUAUUUGCGAACAAGCUGAGACAAGUCCGGAUCGUAUGCCGUUUAUGAUGGACGCGCGAAUUCAAUCUUUAUUCAAGAAAUACGUCAACGAGGAUACCAAUUACUUAGAGUGGGGCACAGGGGGAAGCACACAGCAGUUCUACGACAAGGUCAAACACAUGACCUCGAUCGAGAACAACCCUGAUUGGUGCGACCAAAUGAUGAAGAAUAAACACGUACAAUGCGGCCAGUCUAAUGGACAGCUGGACUUCAUCUGCACAACCAGAAAUGCGGAAGUGGGGUACUUUGGAACACCUCAGAAAAAGCACACUGGAUACUACAACUACCACAAGUAUGUCAACAUCAUUGACUACUUGCCCAGUGAGUUCUACGAUGUGGUCUUGGUGGAUGGACGUUUCCGCGUGGCAUGUGCCAUCAAGGCGCUGCCGUACAUCCGCCCAGGCACUGGUGUGUUGGCGAUUCACGACUAUGAACGUCAACACUACCAUAAUAUUGAGCAGUACUACGACAAGGUUGAGGAAGUCGUCGCUGCGGAAACCUUUGCUAUAUUCAAGCCCAAAGAGAAUAUCCCUGAAGCGCAGUAUGACGACUACUUGCUAUACUUGAACGAUCAUCAGCGAUAGUAAGGUUUAAGUUUUAGUAUAUAUCCUGGAACUGCCGAUUCGUCGAAAGAGUUCAUCGGUAGUAACAAAGUUAACAGGCGUACUGAUGCCUGUAUUUACAUAUUUGUAUAUGAUAGUCCAUGUUUUCAAAAACAACUAUAAAGCUGCGCCGCUGUCCAUAUUCUUGGU